UUGAGUAAUGACAGAAACGAUCUCCUAGCAAACCUUGCCCCAUAUAUACAUGUAUAUGUAUGUCACAAAAUGAGCGAUUGUCUCCUGUUGUCGGUGUUUUUCUUUGCGUUGGUUGAUUUUUUUUAACACUAGCAAAACAAAACAAAAAGAAGGUUAAAGUAACUGAGAAAUGCUAGCAAUGUGUUUAUUAUGAGUAUAACAAAGACAGACAAAAAAAAAUGAGACAGCAAAAACAAAAAAAAAAGUAUUGCAAAACAAGCAUCACUUACAAAAAAAAAAACAAAAAAAAACUGGUUGUUUGUAUGGAAAUUAUUUAAUGAAGAAAAAUGGAACAAAUUCAAUCCAAAACUACCCCGUUUGCAGCAUUGGCUCUUAUUGAAGUUGUUUGAAGCUGUUUCAUCGUACAUUGAAGAUGACAUUAUUUGUGUGUGGUAGUAGUAUUCUCAACAAAGCAUUUCUUUCUUUCGUUUGGAUGAUUGGAGGUUAUUAUUAUUUUUUUUAAAUGCCAUUUCAAAUGCUACUAAGAACGUGUGUGAUCUUCAUCCAGUAAUGAUCGAUCUCGUGUAGUGCUCUAAAGAUGAUGCAAGGUUCAGCCUUUAUUCUCAGCUUUCUGUUAAUGAUGAUUGAAAGCACUGAAAAACUCGAUACCGUGCAAGCAGCUUGCUCCGCUCAAAAUCGAGAACAACAGUAUGGUGAAGUUAUAGAGAACGUUCUCCCUAAUGGUUACCGAUGGCCUAAUGCUACCGUACCGUACCUGUUGGAUGGAGUUUUUGAUGCAACUGAACUAUCAACAAUAAACGAUGCAAUAGACCUGCUCAGUACGGUGUCUUGUGUGCGGUUCACAAGAAGGACGUCCGAGCACCACUAUCUUGUGAUAACAAACAAGUUUGGAACGGAGUGUUGGGCUGACACGGGACGUCAGCGACGUGGUCCAACGUACAUGAACCUCCCGAGGCGGUGCACAAAACGCGUUGGAACGGUGCUGCACGAGCUGCUGCACGUGUUGGGCUUUCUGCAUCAACACACGCGCCCCGAUCGGGAUCAGUACCUGUGCGUUUUAUAUGGGAACGUUCGGCCACAUCCUAUCGCGCUGUACCACUACGAAAUCGUUCGUCCUUGGACGGACCAAGCGUUCCCAUUGCCGUAUGACUUUGCGAGCAUCAUGCACUACACGCCGGAGAUGUACAGUGUGGCACCGGGUCGAUCGCCUACCAUGGUACCGCGGCAUCCCUGGAGCAUGGUUGCGAUCGGCCAUCAAGCUCGUCUGACGGAGUAUGACGUGUUGGCAAUACAGUUUCUUUACUGCCUGUGAUGAUCAA